AGCUGGUGAUGUUGCUGGAGUGGUGGUCGGGCACAGAGUGCACCCUCUACACAGAUCCAAGGGCCUACUCCAAGUACGGGAAGGAAAAUGCCAUCGUGGUUCUGAACCACAAAUUUGAAAUUGACUUUCUGUGUGGCUGGAGCCUGGCUGAACGCUUUGGGAUCUUAGGGAGCUCCAAGGUCCUGGCCAAAGAGCUGGCUUAUGUCCCGAUCAUCGGCUGGAUGUGGUACUUCACAGAGAUGAUCUUCUGCACACGCAAAUGGGAGCAGGAUCGCAGGACAGUCGCCACGAGCCUGAUGCACCUCCGGGAUUACCCUGAGAAGUAUUUUUUCCUGAUCCACUGCGAGGGCACGCGGUUCACGGAGAAGAAGCACCAGAUCAGCAUGCAGGUGGCCCAAGCCAAGGGGCUGCCCAGCCUCAAGCACCACCUGCUGCCACGCACCAAAGGCUUUGCCAUUACCGUAAGGUGCUUGAGAGACGUAGUUCCAGCUGUAUAUGACUGUACACUCAAUUUCAGAAACAAUGAAAAUCCAACACUGCUGGGAGUCCUAAAUGGAAAGAAAUAUCAUGCUGACUGCUAUGUUAGGCGGAUUCCCAUGGAAGACAUUCCAGAAGAUGACGACCAGUGCUCAGCCUGGCUGCACAAGCUGUACCAGGAGAAGGAUGCCUUUCAAGAGGAAUACUACAGGACAGGUGUCUUCCCAGAGACUCCCCGGGUACCUCCACGGCGGCCCUGGGCCCUAGUCAACUGGCUGUUUUGGGCCUCGCUGCUUCUCUACCCUUUCUUCCAGUUCCUGGUCAGCAUGGUCAGCAGUGGCUCUUCUGUGACGCUGGCCAGCUUGAUUGUCGUCUUCUGUAUGGCCUCCGUGGGAGUUCGAUGGAUGAUUGGUGUGACAGAAAUUGACAAGGGCUCUGCCUACGGCAACAUCGACAACAAACAGAAACAGAGUGACUGACUCAGGGAUGUGUCACCUCCAAAGGGAAACUUGGGGAACUGGUGGCCUCUGCAGAGCCUGCUUAUAAGGACACGGUGAUUGAAGCUGGGGAGCACCUGCUGGGACAAGCAGAAGUCACAGGCUCUCCAGCCAUGGAGUUGAGGCUCAGAGCUAGACGGGGGGAGGAAGAUGCUCUUAAAUCUUUUUUCCCCAUGUGAUUUAGCAGGUUUUGGCUUGCUUUCUUUUCACUUGCACAUGUGUUUAUGCAUGUGUGUAAGGCAGAGAGAGAGAGAGAAGGAAUGUGCAGUUGUUUAUGCACCUGGUUCUGUGAUAAUUCAAAGGGUAU